UGUGGCGGCAGGCGGACCCCGGCCGGGCCCGCGCUGCCCCGGGCUGAAAAGACACCGGUGGCACCCGGCCCCGCCGACCUCGGGCUGGGUCGUCCACCGGGGCCGCCCUCGGGGCCGCCCCGUAGCCCUCGGCGCCCGCGAUGGUCCCGCACGGCCGGCCCUGAGCCCCGCGCUGGUUGGGGGCUCGGCCUCCUCCAGCCCCCACCCCAGGGAGCCGACACCAACUUCUGCUCUUGAACUCCGCUCUGCCCGCUUCUUUUGGCCCAGCGCGACCUCGGCAACCCAGACCGCGGCCGACCCUCCUGAGUGCCCAGAAAGGCCCCCGGGCGGCCUGGCGCCUCCCUGGCUCCUUCUGGAUGGAGGCUUCUCAGGAAGGUGCUGGCUGAACGCUUGGGCCUUCACCUUCCAGCCCCUGCUGACCACACCUCCCCUAGUGCAGAGGCUGCGUGAGGAGCAGGAAAUGCUGUACCAGCACAGCGGGCUCCCUGGGAUCUCCGUCUGACUGCCAGGAUGGAGGUAGGGCCGGCAACCAAGACCUUCGUGCUCGAGCUGCGGUGUCUUGAAGAUGGGGGCUCAAGGCCUGACACCCUCUCAGGUGGCAGCGGUGGGAGUGAGAGUCAGGAGGAGGAAGAGGCUCAGGAGAGGAGCAGUAGCCCACCGCGGCCAGCAGUCUCAGCCCCGAGGGGGGCCGGUGCAACCGCUGAGGGAGCCCCGCCAGAACAGCAGGAGUUGCAACCCCGACAGUUAGAACAGCAGCCAGAGCUGCAGCAACAGCCACAGCAGGAGCAGCGGCAACAGCUGCAGCCACGAGACGAAGGGUCAGGACCUCAGCCAAACUCGCAGCAGCAACAGCAGCAGCAGGGCGGGCAAGAGCGGCUGCCUCGACCACAGCCGGAAAACCCCCAACCUGUGCGACAGGAGCCCCUGAAGCCACAGCCGCAGCUGAUGCAACAGCAGAAGCAGCCACAGGAGCAGCACAUGCAAGAGCACCAGCUGUCACAGCAACAGCAGGAACAGCUCCGGCAGCAGCAAGAUGGGCAGCAGCAGCUGCCUCGGCAGCAGCAGGAACUACAGGAAAAUCCCCAAUCUGUGCACUAUGAGCAGCGGAAACCACAGCCGCAGCGGCUGCAACAGCAGGAACAACCACAGGAGCGGCAAGUGCAGGAACAGCAGCUGUCACAGCAACAGCGGGAACAGUUACAAUCACAGCAGCUGCCACCGCAGCAGCAGUUACAGCAGGAACAGCCACAGCUGCAGCAGCAGGAACAGUUACAGCCGCAGCAGGAACAGUUACAGCUGCAGCAGCAGCAACAGUUACAGCUGCAGCAGCAACAGUUACAGCAGCAGCAGCAGCUUCAGCAGCAGCAGUUACAGCUGCAGCAGCAGGAACAGUUGCAGCAGCUGCAGCAGCAACAGUUACAGCAGCAGCGGCUGUUGCAGCAGCAGCAAGAACAGUUACAGCAGCAGCUGCUGCAGCAGCAGCAAGAGCAGUUGCAGCUAUUGCAGCAGCAGCAAGAACAGUUACAGCAGCAGCUGCUGCAGCAGCAACAGUUACAGCAGCAGCAGCUGCUGCAGCAGCAGCAAGAACAGUUGCAACAGCAGCAGCUGCAGCCCCGGCCGCUGGAGCCAGAGGAGGAGGAGGAAGAGGUGGAGCUGGAGCUCAUGCCGGUGGACUUGGGGUCGGAGCAGGAGCUGGAGCGGCAGCGGCAGGAGCUGGAGCGGCAGCAGGAGCAGCGGCAGCUGCAGCUCAAACUGCAGGAGCAACUGCAGCAGCUGGAGAAGCAGCUGGAGCAGCAGCAGCAGCUGGAGGAGCAGCAGGAGGUGCAGCUGGAGCUGACCCCGGUGGAGCUGGGGGCCCAGCCGCCGGAGCUGCAGCUGGAGCUGACCCCAGUGCCGUCGGAGCUGCAGCUGGAGCUGGUGCCCGCCGCGGGGGGCGGCGGUGCCGCCGUCCCGGGGACGCCCGCCGCGGUCGUGGUGGCGCCCCCGGGCUACGUGGUGCUGCAGGAGCUCAUGGUGCUGCCGGCCGUGUCGGCGCCCUCGGUGGUGGCCAUCCCGGGCCCGGCGGGCAGCGCGGCCCUGACGCCGGCCCGGCAGCGGCGGCGGCGGCGCGCCCGGGACCGGCCGACCAUCUGCGGGGAGUGCGGCAAGGGCUUCAGCCGCAGCACGGACCUCGUGCGGCACCAGGCCACGCACACGGGCGAGCGGCCCCACCGCUGCGGCGAGUGCGGCAAGAGCUUCUCGCAGCACUCGAAUUUGGUGACGCACCAGCGCAUCCACACGGGCGAGAAGCCCUACGCGUGCCCGUACUGCGCCAAGCGCUUCAGCGAGAGCUCGGCGCUCGUGCAGCACCAGCGCACGCACACGGGCGAGCGGCCCUACGCCUGCGGCGACUGCGGCAAGCGCUUCAGCGUCUCGUCCAACCUGCUGCGCCACCGCCGCACGCACUCGGGCGAGCGGCCUUACGUGUGCGAGGACUGCGGCGAGCGCUUCCGCCACAAGGUGCAGAUCCGCCGCCACGAGCGCCAGCUGCACGGCGCCGGCCGCUCCCGGGGCCUGGGUCUGCUCCGCGGCGCGCGCGCGGCCGCCGGCGGGGCCCCGCGCGCCGAGCAGGCUGCGGACAAGGCGCCGUGACCCCGGGCGGGGGCCGAGGUCGGGGAGGGCGCCGCUCUCCCUGUCCCCCACCCAGGAAGCUCAGCGCCCGCUAGGACGUCUUGACUCAGUUCCGGGGUCUCGGGACGUCCUGGAAUAUCGCCGGGAAAAGGCUACCAUCCUUCUACCGCGUCAACCGAGUGGUCGGACGGGUUCACCCUCAGAAACACUCCACAGGAGGAAGUCGACGAGGCUAAAACAGCACGGAUGUUGCACAUCAGUACAAACAGCACACGGUUCAGAUUCGGCAUCGGGUACCGAUGGGUGAGAAGUCGGUCAGGGAAGCCUCCCUGGGAAAAUUGGACUUACUGGAGGUGAGAGCCGCAGGGGAGAAAUUCCAAUGACAAGACGAGACAGUGGGUGACAUUCGACAGAGCUCGAACACUAACCAGGGAGUCCGAUAUACGUGGUACAACGCACGUGAAAAGGAUUUGGUCCUGGUGAAAAUUAUUUCAUGGGAAAAAAAGGAAAUGUAUCUGCACUACGUAGAAAACUGAUCAAGGCAUUAAGUUGUCCUCAAUGGCAUUUGCCUUGAAAAUACUUCCUAGAAUGAAAAUUCAUCAGGGUGGAUAAAAUCCUGAUUAAAAUGUUUGUGUUCAUAAACACAGGGUCCGAGUGUCCGCUGGGUCAAUGUGCAAACGCCAGGAAGUCCACUCUGGGUGAAGGUGAAACCUUCCCUCCAGGGCCACCCAGGCAAGCCUCAGGCCGGCUCUAGGCCUCUUUGCUUCCGUGUUCCCAUGCCCACAGCCGCUCCCUAAUGCCUCUUGAGUAGAAAAGCCUGGGGCUGAAGCAGAGGGCAUUCUGGGAGUGCUGUCCAAGGUCCUAAGGGGUGGUCCCUCCAUCCUUCCCAAAGAGCUCCGGGUAGCCCCACCCUAGCCUCCCUUCUCAGAUGCCCGUCCAGGGACUGAGGCUGUGGGGUCGGGGCCUUGAGACGCAGCGGCAGGUUCUCCCGGGCCAGGCUGUGCAGAGGGCUGGCCCGAGUAGACCCUGCCUCAUCGCCGGGAGUCAGAGGGAGAAUGUCAGGGACAGGGAUUGGAGGCAACAGAAAUGCUCUUUAUGACAGUUUUGUAAGCAUCUGGGGCUCAGUCAAAGCAGCAGCAACGUGAUGCCUUGUGGGAAGGCAGGAUGAUGCCGGGGCGGGGGGGCACCCGCCACCUCAGGCCCCCAAGCCCUUCCUGCUCUCGACUCCCCCAUCUGGCUACUUAGAUUCUGCCCUGCUGUCCUCCCUGCUUCUCCUUUACUAACAGAGCCUGCUACGUUUUACAGAUGUGUUGGUAAGUGAGAAACAAACAACGAAAAAUAAAUUAAAAUGAGG